AUGUCUGACAGCCAACAACAACUGCCGCUCUCCCACGGCAACCUCGCCCACCUGCUACCGCCGAGCUGGAAGACGCAGGUCACGGCCUGGCUCGCCGAGGACACGCCGUCCUGCGACUACGGCGGCUUCGUCGUCGGCGACGGCCCGCGCGUCGCCACCCUCUGGGCCAAGUCCGACGGCGUCCUCGCCGGCCGGCCCUUUUUCGACCAGGUCUUUACCGAGUGCGGCUGCCUCGUCGAGUGGCACCUCAGCGAAGGUUCCCUCCUCCGCACCUCCUCCUCCUCCUCCUCCUCCUCCUCCUCCUCCGAGACCGGCAAGAUCAAGGUCGCCACCGUCACCGGCCCGGUCCGCGGCAUCCUGCUCGGCGAGCGCGUCGCGCUCAACGCGCUCGCCCGGUGCUCCGGCAUCGCCUCGCGCAGCCGCGCGCUCGUCGACGCGGUGCGCGCCGCGGGCUUCGCGGGCGCGCUGGCGGGCACGCGCAAGACCACGCCGGGAUUCCGCCUGGUGGAGAAGUACGGGAUGCUGAUGGGGGGCGCGGACGCACACCGCAUGGACCUGAGCAGCAUGGUGAUGCUCAAGGACAACCACAUCUGGAGCAGGGGGGGGAGGGUGGCGGACGCGGUGGCGGCGGCGAGGGCGGCGGCCGGGUUCGCGCUCAAGAUCGAGGUGGAGGUGCAGUCGGAGGCGCAGGCGGACGAGGCGGUGGCCGCCGGCGCGGACGUGGUCAUGCUAGACAACUUUGACCCGGAGGGCGUGCGCGUCGCGGCGAGGGGGCUCAAGGAGCGCUGGGCGGGCAAGAAGCACUUCCUGCUCGAGGUCUCGGGCGGCCUGACGUUGGACAACGUCGCCGCCUACGCCUGCAACGAUGUCGACAUCAUCUCCACAAGCUCCAUUCACCAGGGCGUUCCCCAUGUCGACUUUUCCCUCAAGAUCGAGCACUAA